AGUCGAACUCGACGGUAAUAAUAACAGGAAAAAGGAAGCCUGUCCGCGUGACGGAACCAACGCAUAGCCGCAAGCGCAUGCACGCAGCGCAGACGCAUGAGCCACCGCGACGUGUUGACUGUUGGCUUCCUUCAAGCGCACGGAGUGACGGUUGUAAAGCCUCUGCGCGACUGGCUCACCCGUGUUUCCUUCUUAGCCAGAGCGCAGACCGAUGAGGCGAAGCGGGAGCGCUACGAGAAAUGGGCGCUGCGCACAGUAGAGGAGGCCGUCAAGGCACCAGGGGGUGUAGCCGCGGUGAAGUGGGCUAAGCAAAGCACCGCCAUGCCCCCUGACGCUUCAGACCAAAUGCCAACAUGGUGGCCCACAGGUGAUGCGGUAUCGCAGCCUCCGCACUCAAGCAGCUCCGCCCGCGAUGCGCUCUUGGAGGAGACGUUGCGGCGUGCCCCGGCGGACUUGGAGCCGUUUGUGCGCCAAGGUUUUGGCUUGUACGACCGCGAAGUAGCGCGAGGACAGCGCACCUACGCGCAAGUGAGCUUUGUGGAGAUGCUAAACAUUGCGAAGAGCCUUUUUGCCAAGGCUCCACUGUCCCAGCGACAGCAACGACCAAAGGAACCGUUAAUGCUGUCACCAACUCCACCGACGUACAAAGCAAACCCUGUUUCGUCAGAGCUGGCACCGCACUCCCACAAGCGCCUUGCAGAGCGACCCGCGACGGCAACGUCAGCAGAGGCGACGUUCUCUUCCCCCUCCUCUUCCUCCUUUCCCGUUGAACAGAAGCGCAGCGCCCCUGCCACCGCAUUCGAGCCACCCGCAAAGAAGAAAUACGUGGUCGCGCCGGCCGCGGCGACUUCACAAACUGACCGCCCUUUCUUUAUGCAGCUGGCGGGCAGCUUCGAAGCGGAGUCGGCGCCACCGCCCGUGUUUCUUGGCCGCUCCACCGCCAUGGAACGUGCCUACACGCGCUACGAACCCCUCGUCGACGACAUCCGGCCUCUGCCGGUGCUGACAAACGCAUUCGCUUACAUUGUCACUCGCUCGAAGGAAGUAGAGGAAGCCGAAGGCGUCAAGGCGGGGCAGAAGUACCUGAGUGAUCAACUGAAAGGACUGCGGCAGGACCUACGGGUGCAGAACAUCGUCAACGAAUUCACCGUGCGAGUGUACGAGACACACGCGCGUCUGUGUCUCGGGACGGGCGACGUCGGCGAGUUCAACCAGUGCCAGGCGGCCCUCAAGCAGUUCUACGCUGCGCCGACGGUGAAACUGCAGCACUGCCAUGCAGAGGAGUUCUUUCUCUACCGCGUUGUCUAUCUGACGUUGAGUGAGCAGUACGACUCGCUCUCGACGGAGCUGAUAAACUUCACCAAUGCACAGCUGAAGGGCGCGACGCGUCCCGGCAUGGACAUCGACAAGGAGGCGGUGAACCGCACCCUGGCGCUCUGCAAUGCGUGCAUCAACGGCGAUACCUCGACGAUCUGCCGGCUGCUCAUGGAUUUCAAGGAGGAGAUGAGCUAUUUGGUGCGCAUUUACCUUCAGAAACUGCGCAUUAUGUGGCUACAGGAGAUUCUCACGGCCAUGAAGGGGUCACUGACGAUGCGCUUCUUGAUGGCUAGUCUGGGCUUUACCCCCGUCGUGGAAGUCAACGCACAGCAGAAGCAGACACAACAGCAGUCUCACACGUUUUGGUUGGACGGCUCCGCGGACGAGGCCGCAGCGCGUGUGACGGAGCUGUUCAAGACGCUGAAGGUGGACCUCCCAACGAACUUUUCUUUUGAGGCGGAGGUGCAGCGGACAAGACACACAGGGCCAAACCCGAACGCGCACUUCCCCUCUCUCGACGCGGCGUCUGCGCUCAAGGCCGUGAACGAGUACCUUUCGUACCUCAGCACCCGCAAAGAUGCAGGGCUGGGGUAG